AUGUCGCGGGCCACGAAUCAUAGGGAAUACCACAUCGUCGUUCUUGGCUCAGGCGGUGUUGGCAAAAGUUGCUUGACAGCACAAUUUGUGCAGGGUAUCUGGAUCGAGAGAUACGACCCAACUAUUGAAGAUUCCUACCGCAAGCAAUGUGAUGUUGAUGGUCGGCAAGUAAUUCUCGAGAUUCUGGAUACGGCUGGAACAGAACAAUUCACUGCUAUGCGGGAACUCUACAUGAAAUCCGGCCAAGGCUUCCUCCUCGUCUUCAGCAUAACCUCUUCCUCCUCACUAAAAGAACUCUCCGAACUCCGCGACCAACUCGUAAAUCUCAAAGACGAUCCACACGUACCCAUCGUGCUCGUCGGCAACAAAUCGGAUCUGGAAGAAGAUCGCGCGGUGUCUCGAGCAGCUGCCUUUGCCGUCUCUUCUGGUUGGGGAAAUGUUCCUUAUUAUGAGGCUUCGGCGAGGACACGGCAGAACGUCACAGAAGUGUUUGUGGAUGUGUGUAGGCAGAUUAUGCACAAGGAUCUGCAGAAUGGAAGGACUGGGACUAGUCAUGGAGGAGAGGAGAGGAGUAGGCGGAGGAGGGAUGAGGAUGGUGUGGAGGGAGAUAGGAAGAAGGGCCGCAGGCGUAAUAAGUGUAUCAUAUUGUGA